GAGAACACCUGAGUGAAACAACGCAGGAAAUUCCACACAGUAAUAAUGACUUCAGGAAAAGAAGGUGAUCUAAGGAUUAUUCUCCUGGGUAAAACUGGAGCAGGAAAAACUGCAACAGGAAACACAAUCCUGGGCAGAAAUGCAUUUAAAGAGACCAGUGAAAUAUGUGAGAAACAGGAAGGAUACGUGGAUGGGAAGAACAUUGUUGUAUUUGACACUCCAGGACUAUUCAAUGCAUCUAUCACAAAAGAGCAAGUAAAGGCUGAAAUAGAGAGGUGUGUAGAGAUGUCUGCUCCUGGUCCUCAUGUGUUCCUGAUGGUGAUCAAACUGGGGGUUAGAUUCACAGAAGAAGAGAGGAACUCAGUGCAAUGGAUUCAGGAGAACUUUGGAAAAGAGGCUUUGCUUCGUACCAUCAUUCUGUUUACUUACACUGAUCUGCUGAAGGGUAAAUCUUUAGAGGAGUACGUCAGGAAAAGCCACUAUUUACCAAAAAUAGUUGAUAGUUGUGGUGGCAGAUAUCACUCAUUCAACAAUGAAGAGAGAACCAAUCAACAUCAGAUCACAGAACUGCUGCUGAAGAUCAAUGCAUUGAGGAGAGCAAAUGGAAUGAGGCAUUACACUCCUGAGAUGUGGCAGGAAGAUCACUUGACCCGGCCAUCUUCUACCGAAAGUGAUAUGAGGAUUGUGCUGUUGGGCAACACUGGAUCAGGAAAAAGUGCAUCAGGAAACACCAUCCUGAAUGAAGACCUUUUUGAUGUGAAACACUCUCCAAGAUCAGUUACAGCGAACUGUAACAAACAAGAAGCAAAUGUGGAUGGAUGCACCAUAUCAGUUAUUGACUGUCCAGGUCUGUUUGACACUCGAGAUAAAGAAAUACUGCAGACUGUAACAGGGCAGUGCAUGAGCCUGUCUUAUCCUGGGCCUCAUGCAUUUCUGCUGGUGAUGAAACUGGGUGUGAAAUUUACAGAGGAGGAGAAGAAUGUUAUGAAAUGGAUUCAGCAGAACUUUGGAGAAGAUGCCAUGAACUACACCAUCAUUCUGUUCACUCAUGCUGAUGUGCUGAAGGGCAAGCCUGUAGAGACAUAUAUCAGUAAAAGCAAUGAGCUAAAGCAAUUGAUCAAGACCUGUUGGGGCAGAUAUCACUCAUUUAACAAUGAGAACAUAAAUAAUCGAGAUCAGGUCACAGAACUGCUGCAAAUGAUACACAAAAUGGUCCUUUUUAAUGGAGGGAAGCACUAUGUAAAAAUAAAUAAUGUAUAAAUGUAUAAAUAAACCCAGGAAAAGCUAAAAGCUCAA